UUCCCCAAGUUUAGCUUUUUUUGGUGCUCAAAAGCCUUCGGCUUCACGAGCUUUUGGGUGCUGGGAAGCCCUCUAGCUUCUCAAGCAUGGUGGAGCUUGCCUUUCGUGCUCUUGUGUCUGAUGAUCACCUUGAGUGGUUUUAAGCGUGUUGACAUCAUCUAAGGAGCUGAUUGACCUUAUAAAGAAUGUAGAUACUGUUUUCCACUCUAAGCAAACUGUCUCGAGCAAAUUGAAGCCUGAUAACUUGUAUAGAUUUGUUCCAUUGAUUCGUGAAAAGUUGCUGGUGGGUCUCGACUCUCAUUUCACUUGUACUCUCUGGCUGUUUCUGAUGUAAAACAAGUUUAAUGACAUUUUUAGCAGAAAUUAUUUUUUGGAAUUUGAUGUCCUGUCAUUUUGUGCAGCUGUUUUGGAAGUCCUAGUCUGGUGCUUUUGUAUGUGUGUUUUUUAAGGUUCCUAGGCCACAUUUGUUUAUGAGGGUAUUUGCUUUGACAUAGUGUUCACCCACCAUCAAAUUUUAAGUUAUUUAUUUUCCAAUUAUCCAUUGUUGCCACCAGGAUUGGGAGUAUGGCUUAUGUGAAAGUGAUGCAGAUGGAUCUUACUUGCAUGAGAAUUGGAACAAGGAUUUAAAGAUCUUUAGUAACGGAGAAGAUGGAGGACAACAACUGCUUCAGUUGUUUAUAUUGCGUGCUGAAUCUGAAUUACAUGCCGCUUCUGGUCAUCAUGUAAAUGACUUGAUAGAUUCUUUAAAAGCUCAGGUGGGUUGCUUAUUUGGUGGCAGUAGCAUGAAGCCAAUUCCAAUCUCACCGGAACUGAGACAGACUGCACACUUCCGUGAUGAUAUAUUCAAGCCCAGGAGAGUGGGCAACCAUGCAGUAGGUGACAUUAGAUACAAGGGAGACUGGAUGAAGCGCCCUAUAUCCAGUGAUGAAAUUGCAUGGCUCGCAAAGCUGCUUGUCCAGCUAUCAGAUUGGCUAAAUGGGAGCCUUGGGCUAAACCAAGCAGGGUGUGGGAGCAGUAAUGCAGAUUCUAAAUGGCCCUUGGUAGAUGUCCCAGUUGAUGUGGACAAUGAGUGUGGACCUGCAGAGACCAUAAAAGCUGUGUGCUCUGCAAUUUGUUCUUGGAUUGUGAUGUUGGGGACAAUGAUAGUGGGGCUGAUGAGAAAACAUGGAGUGAGGGUAAAUCUUAGGGUGUUUGCUUCCAAGAAGGUGGCGACGGUGUUGUUUGUUUCUCUUGUAUUUAGCUUGUUGAAGAAAGCCUCUGCAUCUCUUAGUUCAUAGCGCGGGUGUAAAACUGUAAAUGACAGUGAGGGGGAAGAAUAUACAACGGCUAUAGUACUGGAAAUGUAAGAAUGAAAGUUCUCUAUUUCCUUUUUUGUUUCUUCUCUGUAAGGAAAAAAAGAAAAAAAAGAAG